AUGGCCGAGCCGUUGCCGGUCACCGCCUGGCGCACAUUGGCCAACAGCUUCACGGUGACGCUGCCGCGCCCCGUUGGGAGCUUCGAGGAGGGAGCGGGUGAUGCGCAGGGUCUGCAGAUCAUAGCGCGAAGUUCCAUGAAUUUGGGUUACAGCGCGACAGAUCCAUCGGCGCCACCAGUGAUGCUGCACGCCAAGGUGACGUCACCCUUCUCCACUGCAGACUUGCAGGUGACAUUUUACGAGAAUGGUCAACCGCUGGGAGAGCCGAUUCCAUUGGCUGAUGGCAAUGGAUACCGGGCCACGGCUGGGCCGGUGGUAAAAGACGCCUUCUACGAGGUGGUGUUGUUUCACGUGCCGCGGACGCCUUCCUCCAGGACACACUGCGUGGACUUCGACGUGGAGUUGGCCGCGGUGAGUUUGACGCCUCCCACGGCGCAGGGGCAGUUCAUUGCGCCCCUGCCAGGAGCUGAGAAUUGCUGGAGUGGCGACCAACUACCAGCUGUGAUCCGCGUACGUCUCCUGACCGAA